GAGCUCAUGCCACACGCAGCGCUCUCAUGCUCGCCCAUGGCAGCGUGGCACUGCGUGCCUCCAAGGAACAGCUGCUUGCCCACCUGGAGGGAGGCAUCGUGGGCAACAUCCUGAUGCUCUACAGCUGCAGCUGCCGGGACUUGCAGAACAACCUCGCGCUGCUGCAGAGCAUCACCGACUGCAGCACUGCCUUCCAAGCUGUGGGUGAUUCUGCAAGCUUUAACCGCUCCUUGAAGAGCAAGCUGCUGGAGAUCCUGAUGGACCUGAUGAAGAAGUAUUACUCGGGCAUCCCUGUCUCCCCAGUGCCUCUCAAGGUGGUUCUGGCCCUGGAGCAGUUGAGCAAGCUGAAGCCCUCUUUCGAAAGCAAGGAUAUGCGUGAGAUGUUGGUCCUGUGCUGCAAGAACAUCGUGACACAUCCUUCAGCAGAGAUGAUGCUGAAGAUCAGGAAGUCACAGCAAGCAGCACAGUACCUGCAGCUUCAGCAAACAUCACUGAAAGCUCUGG